AUGAGUGUCAUCAUCAGAUUACAAGGCUUACCAUGGACAGCCAGUUCAUUAGAUAUCAGAAAUUUUUUCCAGGGAUUGAGCAUCCCUCCUGGUGGAGUUCAUAUUAUUGGUGGAAACAAAGGUGAAGCCUUCAUAGCCUUUUCAACAGAUGAAGAUGCAAGGAAAGCCAUGAUGUUCAAUUUCACGCCUUUGAAUGGAAGCGUUAUGCAGCUAUUUCUCAGUAGUAAAUCAGAGAUGCAA